UUUUUCAAGAAACCUCACACACUCAGAGACACAUUGACGGACACUCAAGAGACCUACACACAGACCGACACACAGAGGCAGACAUACACGGACACAGACUGAGCUUGGAUUUCCUAUUGUCUCCAGGCACAGUCUCGUUUAACAGUCUGAUUCUAGGUGCUGAGAUUACCUGAAGAGUUGGUAACUGGGGGAAAGUGUUUGUCGUAAUGAUAGUGUUACUGUUGACCGUGCUACUACAGCACACACCCACUGCAGAAGCCAUCGCUCUGGACCCGUGUUCUGCCUACAUCUCUCUGAAUGAGCCUUGGCGUAAUACAGAGUACCAUGUAAACCACUCAUCUGGCAGUGUGCCCCUGUGUGACAGCCGUGUGUCAGGGGAGUGGUACCGCUUCACAGGGAUGGCUGGAGACGCCAUGCCUACUUUCUGCAUCGAAGAGAACCACUGUGGGACCCACGCACCCAUCUGGCUCAAUGGGAGCCACCCACAGCCCCAGGAUGGUAUCAUGACCCUUCCUGUGUGUGCCAGCUUCAAUAAUAACUGUUGCCAGUGGAAUGCCAGUGUUGAUGUGAAGGCCUGUACAGGAGGAUACUACGUCUACCGUCUGCCCAGACCUUCUGUCUGCUUCCAUGUCUACUGCGGACAUUUCUAUGACAUAUGUGAUGAGGUGGAGUGCAGUGGACCUCAGUGUCCAGAGUCGGACUGCCGCUGUGCUACUGGAACAACCCUGGGACCAGAUAGACAGACAUGUCUCGAUGUGAAUGAGUGUGAGCAGGGGAACGGAGGUUGUAAGGAGGUAUGUGUGAACACCAAGGGGUCCAGACAGUGUGAGUGUGGACCAGGCAGGGUACUGGAGGAGGAUGGACGCAACUGCAAAGAGAUAGCAGGGUGCUACAACAACAACGGAGGCUGUAGCCAUGGCUGCUCUGUACUACAGGACUCUUAUCACUGUCACUGUCCCCGAGGACUGGAGCUGGGGGACGACAAACGCACAUGCCAGGUCCCGGUGCAGUGUAGCAGCAGCUCCAUUAAGGUGUCGGUUCUAAGGGACCUGGUGGGGGGCCUGGAACUCUCCCUGUCCAACUCGUCAUGUCGCGGCGUCUCCAACGGAACACACAUCAAUCUCAGCUUCAGCCUCAAGACCUGUGGAACAGUAGUGGAGGUGACAGAUGACAAGAUAGUGGGUACCAAUUUAGUGACAGGUCUUCCUAAAUCCAGCCCAGGACCAUGGUCCGGAAGUAACCGGGAUAUGAUUGUCAGGACCUCCAAACUGCUGUUACCUGUCACCUGUGAAUUCCCACGACACUACGAGGUCUCCGACGGUUACCAGGCCAGUCUCCGUAGCUCCGCCCUAGAGCUAGCAGGCCACUCCCAGGGCCUGUUCCCCUUCUCUCUGGAGCUGUUUAAGAGUGCUGAAUUCUCUGAGCCCUACCGAGCUCCACCCCAACUACGCCUACACGACUCACUGUUCUUCGGGGUGGAACCCAGGGAGAAGGUGGAGGGUUUGUCAGCUCUGGUGGAGAGCUGCUUUGCUACCCCCAGCGCCAAGGCAGACCAGGCUCUCAAAUAUUACCUCAUCAAAGAUGGGUGUAUCUCAGAUGAAAUGGUGCGUCAGUACUCUGCUAAGGACCAGCUAUCCAAACACUUCCAGGUUCCUGUCUUCAAGUUUGUCGGCAAGGACAACAAGGAGGUGUUCCUGCACUGUCGUGUGUUGGUGUGUGGGGCAGGAGACUCCCGCUGUUCUCAGGGCUGUAGAGGGCGUCUGCGUCGGGAACUGUGGAGGACUGAGGAGGAACAGGAGGACAGGGACUGGGACCAGCAUCACGUGCUGAGUGGAGGACCCAUACGCAUCAUGCCAGACUGAGACAUUAGACCACCAUGGCACCCCCACACCACCUUCAGGCCAUUGCACCACUGCAAACAUAGAGAUGGAUACAAUAGAUAUAGAGAUGGAUACAAUAGAUAUAGAGAUACAAUAUAUAUUGUAGGAGCAUGACCAGCAUUGUCUCAUGAGUGGAGGACCCAUACACAUUCUGCCAGACUGAGACAUCAGACCACCACCACCACCAGGCCACCACCAGGCCACCACCAGACCACCACCAGACCACCACCACCACCACCAGACCACCACCAGACGACCACCAGGC